AUGUCCUACCACAAGCCUCCCACAGGCCUACGAUGGCGGGCCAACACAUUAUUCAUCCUGACCACCGUCGCGGUCGGUAUGUUCACCGACCUAUUCCUCUACGGCCUCGUCGUGCCCGUACUGCCAUUCAUGCUCAAAGAGCGCAUGGAUCUGCCCGAGGACAAAGUGCAAUCGUACGUGUCUGGUCUUCUCGCCGCCUACGCCGGUGCUAGUGUCAUCUUCUCCAUCCCGAUUGGCAUCAUUGCCGACAAGACCAAUGCGCGGCGGACGCCGUUCCUCUGUGGCCUGACUGCACUGCUGGCGGCGACUUUGAUGCUAGCCUUUGGGCGGAAUCUGGCUAUGCUCAUCGUGGCACGGGUGCUCCAGGGGACCAGCGCCGCCGUGGUUUGGACCGUGGGAUUGGCUAUGGUGCUUGACACUGUCGGGCCAAGCCAUCUUGGGAAAGUCAUCGGAUCGAUCUUCUCCUUUAUCUCGGUUGGUGAACUGGCAGCACCCGUGCUGGGUGGAGUGCUCUAUCGCAAAACAGGCUACGCGGGAGUCUUCGGCUUGGGCGCAGCAUUGCUCGCCGUCGACUUCAUUCUCCGAGUCCUGGUGAUCGAGAAGAAGGUGGCACUCAAGUAUGACAAGGACAAGUCGUUGGCCUUGGCUCAAGAGGCCAGCAACCCACGUGAACAUGGAGGCCGAGGACAACACGAGACCAUUCGAGUUGACUCGCGAUCCGACGGACACGAAAACGGAAACGGAAACGGAAACGGCGGCGAACAAGAACGUCUGUUGCCCAAGAACGAGGACGACUACCAUCGCAUUCCCGAGGGCCGAAACAGACUAUUCCGAACGCUGCCUAUCCUUUAUUGCCUGUGCAAUCCACGCCUCCUCGUGGCCUUGCUGCUGGCCUUUGUGCAAGCAUUCCUGCUGGCGACUUUCGACGCGACCAUCCCGACCGAGGCGCAGAGUCUGUUCGACUUUGAUUCGCUGCAAGCCGGGCUCCUCUUCAUCGCUCUUGACAUUCCAUACCUCCUCCUCGGACCACUGGCCGGGUGGGCGGUCGACAAAUACGGCACGAAACCCGCCGCUGUUCUCGGCUUCGGCUAUCUGGUACCUGCGCUCAUUCUGCUCCGCCUCCCCACGCAGCACGUCGCAUCCAGCCAGACCGGGAACAUUGUCCUGUACUGUGCCUUGCUGGCACUGAACGGCGUCGGUCUCGCGGUCAUUGGAUCUCCCAGCAUCGUCGAGGCCAGUGAUGUGGUGCAGAAAUACGACAAGGCCAACCCCGGCCUCUUCGGCGAGGAUGGCCCGUACGCUCAACUCUACGGAUUCAAUUCUCUGGUCUUCAGCGCCGGUUUGACUGUAGGUCCCGUCAUCACUGGGGCUUUGAGGGACUCCGUCGGUUAUGCCAAUAUGAACAUUGUCGUUGCCGCCAUCUCCGCCCUCACAGCACUGUUGUCUUUCCUGUUUGUGGGAGGACCACCCAGAUGGACUAGGAUGACCGGAUAG